AUGACGGCCAUUAUAGUGUCUGAAAAAAGGUUGCUUCUGUUAACCUUCCUCUGUUUCACCGUAGAAGCCAUGGGCAGGGAAUCGAAAACUCUCCUCGAAAAGCAACUGUUAGCGGAGGAAAAGCUAAAACUGAUCAACAAACCUACAGUGAAAAGCAUUCAGAGUGCAGAUGGUGACGUGAUAGACUGUGUCGAUCUUUACAAGCAACCGGCUCUUGAUCACCCACUUCUCAAAAAGCAUAUCAUCAAGAUGAAACCCACUAACGAUCACUCCAGAAAGAGAAAUAACGAUUCCUCUCAGGCUACUACUUCAGCGGGCCCAACGCCCACACAAACAUGGCAAAAGAGCGGACCAUGUCCCAAUGGAACAGUGCCAAUCCUCCGCGUCCAACGCCAUCACUUGCUCAAUGCUCCUUCCAUUGAAAACUAUGGAAGAAAACCAUGGAAUGGGGUUGUCGAGCACGAAAUCCACUUAUCGAAUCGGACGAUAGCUGCCGGUAUCGAAGGCUUGCACGCAUAUGCAGUGCUAAUUGGAAGCGGAUACAACUACAUCGGCGCCAAAGCAAGCCUCGGCAUCUACAACCCCUGGGUCGGGGCCGACGACGAAUACACCACUUGCCAAAUUUGGCUAAGGCAUGGAGAGUAUAACAACUCAGAGUCCAUUGAACUUGGCUGGAUGGUCAGUGUUCUUGAUCUAUACAUUUGA